AUGCAAGUCCUAGUUAUUAUCGAGUUCUGUCUAUUAUUUCUUCUUUCAAAUCUUCGUCGACGAGCUCAAGCUGAUUCAGCUUCAUGUCGUAAACAAGUUGAAUGUUUUGUAUGUGACUCUCGUGAAAUUCAAGCGUGUGAAGAUUCACGAAAUUUUUCUCAAGUUCAAAUUCCCACACGUUUAUGCGAUGACUAUUGUCUAAAAAUGUGGACACGUGAAAAUGAUAGUAUCGCAGGAGAUAAUAAAACAAGUGCAUUACGUUAUGUGCGACGUGAUUGUCAUAAAAUCUUUCAUUAUCACAUCAAAAAAGCUGAAACAUGUUAUAAGCAUAAAAAACACGAUACAGAUUCGUUAUGUUUAUGCGGAUCGGACAGAUGUAAUUCGGCAAUGUUUGUUCCAUAA